AUGGCCGAAGUUAAAGAUUUAGCACACCGUUCUUUUAAGGACAAAGAUAAGCCUGUUGAAGUUCGUCUUAGCAACAUCAUAGCAGCUAAAGUUAACGACUUAUGUGAAUUUUUGACAACCUUCCUUUCAGCUGUAGGCGAUGCUAUACGAACUUCUCUUGGUCCUAAGGGUAUGGAUAAAAUGAUUCAAACUGGUAGCGGAGAAGUGGUGAUCACCAAUGACGGGGCUACGAUUUUAAAACACAUGUCGGUCUUACACCCUGCCGCUAAAAUGCUUGUGGAUUUAUCCGCAGCCCAGGAUAUAGAAGCAGGUGACGGCACUACAUCAGUAGUGGUUAUAGCAGGUGCAUUAUUGGGUGCUGCGGAAAAAAUGUUAGCUAAAGGCAUUCAUCCCACCACAAUUGCCGAGUCCUUUCAGCGUGCUGCCGCAAAAUCAACAGAAUAUUUGACUGAGAUGGCUAUUUCUAUUGAUUUGUCUGAUCGAGAUUCGUUGUUAAGAGCUGCUAGCACUUCACUGAAUUCAAAGAUUGUGUCUCAAUACUCGAGUCUUCUCUCUCCGAUUGCUGUUGAUGCAGUGUUACGCGUCAUUGAUCCUAAUUUUGCUACGAAUGUAGACUUGAAUGAUAUUAGAAUAGUGAAAAAGGUGGGAGGUACAAUUGACGAUACGGAAUUAGUAGAGGGACUUGUUUUAGCACAAAAUGUGAUCAAGAGCGCUGGUGGACCGAGUCGUAUUGAAAAAGCGAAAAUCGGGUUAAUUCAAUUCCAAUUAUCACCGCCAAAACCAGAUAUGGAAAAUCAAAUUGUGGUCAAUGACUACAGAUUAAUGGAUAAAAUAUUGAAAGAAGAACGUCAAUAUUUACUUAAUAUGUGUAAAAAGAUAAAGAAGGCUGGAUGUAACGUCUUGUUGAUCCAAAAAUCCAUCCUGCGAGAUGCUGUUAAUGAUUUGUCGCUGCAUUUUCUUUCAAAGCUUAAAAUAUUGGUUAUAAAAGAUAUUGAAAGGGAUGAAAUUGAAUUCAUUUGCAAGAGCACUGGAUGUAAACCAAUUGCCGAUAUUGAAGCAUUUACCGAGGAUAAACUCGGUUACGCCGAGCUUGUUGAUGAGAUUCAAACCUCGGGAGCUCGAAUUGUUAAGAUUACGGGCGUGAAGCAUAAUGGCAAAACUGUAUCAGUUUUGAUUCAUGGUGCUAAUUCACUCGUAUUAGAAGAAGCCGAUCGAUCUCUACACGAUGCUUUGUGUGUUGUACGAUGUCUAGUCAAAAAAAAAGCUUUAAUAGCUGGUGGUGGUGCACCGGAAAUUGAAAUCUCUCAACGAUUGUAUGAUUACGCGAAGACGCUUAAAGGCAUGGAAGCUUAUUGCUUUGAAGCUUUUGCCGAAGCGCUAGAAAUUAUUCCGACAACGCUUGCUGAGAAUGCAGGUUUGAAUCCAAUAGCGAUUGUCACAGAACUAAUUAAUAGACAUGCACAAGGAGAAAAAACUGCUGGAAUCAAUGUUAGAAAGGGUACUAUAACUAAUAUCCUCAAAGAGAAUGUUAUACAACCAUUACUUGUAUCGACUAGUGCUAUUGAGUUGGCUGCAGAGACCGUAAAAAUGCUCUUAAAGAUUGAUGAUUUG